AUGAGAGGCGCCGGACUUAUCCUGACGGCGGCGGCAUCCGUCCGCGCCGCCUGCGAUUGGAAAAACGUUCACACCGGAGGCGGCGGUGGUUUCGUAGCGUCUAUCCAAUUCCAUCCGACCGAGAAGGGCGUCGCUUUCGCCCGCACUGACAUUGGUGGUCUCUACCGCCUCAAUGACGACGAUUCCUGGACACCUGUUACCGAUGCGAACGGCUUCGCCCAUGAUGGCAACUGGAACAGAUGGGGCAUCGACGCGUUGGCCCUUGAUCCCGCCGAUGCGAACAAGGUGUACAUCGCGGCGGGCAUGUACACCAACGACUGGGACCCCAACAAUGGAAGCAUCGCCCGCAGCUCCGACAAAGGCGAGACCUGGGAGAUCACCACGCUUCCCUUCAAAGUUGGCGGUAACAUGCCUGGGCGAGGCAUGGGUGAGCGUCUUGCCGUCGACCCAAAGAACUCCGAAAUUCUCUUUUUCGGUGCCCGGAGCGGCAACGGCCUGUGGAAGUCCACCGACGGCGGCGCGACUUUCUCUAAGGUCUCUUCCUUCGAGGCCGUCGGUACCUACCGCGCCGGCGCCGAGACUGAUGCCUAUAACGGCGACCUUCAGGGUCUGACCUUCAUUACCUUCGAUGAGACUUCCGAGGCCGUCGACGGUGCCACUUCCCGCAUCUUCGUUGGUACCGCCGACAACACCACCGCUUCCGUCUACGUCAGCACCGACGCUGGUGCUACCUGGAGCCCUGUUGCCGACCAGCCUGCCAAGUUCUUCCCCCACAAGGCCAGACUAUCGGUUGCUGAGAAGGUCAUUUACUUCACCUACUCCGAUGGUUCUGGUCCGUACGAUGGUACUCAGGGUGCCGUCUACAGAUACGAUCUGACUUCCGGCAACUGGACUGACAUUACCCCCACCUCUGGCAGCGAUCUCUUCUAUGGUUUCGGUGGUCUUGCCGUCGAUGCGCAGAAGCCCGGCACCAUCGUGGUCGCUACUCUGAACAGCUGGUACCCCGAUGCUCAGCUCUUCCGCUCUACAGAUUCCGGCGCUACCUGGAAGAAGAUCUGGAACUGGGGAGCCGAUGGCAAUGUUGCGCCUCAGUACACCAUUGGCGCCAAGAACGCUCCCUGGAUCGAGACCAAUUUCCUCGACGUCGAUACUAAGAAGCUUGGCUGGAUGAUCGAGUCUCUCGAGAUCGACCCCCACGACAGCGACAGAUGGCUCUACGGCACUGGUGUCACCAUCUACGGCGGAGAUGGCAUUUCCAGUCUGGCCUCUGCCCCCGGCGGUUCCGAGCUGCUCAUGGCUACCCUCGAUAACAACGGCUUCACCUACAACUCUGUCGCUGACCUCGGCACGGCGCCCCAGACCGCCUGGACCGACCCUUGGUGGGCAAGCAGUGUCUCUGUCGACUUCGCUGGCAACGAUGUCACCAAGGUCGCUCGCAUAGGCAAGGUCACCGGCUCUCCCCAGCUGGCUCUCAGCAGCGAUGGCGGUGCUACUUGGGCUGUCGUCAACGCCACUGGUACCACUGCCGCUGAUGGUACCGUUGCCUACUCCGCCGAUGGCGAUGUAAUCCUCUGGUCUACCCUCAACGAGGGUGUUCUCGCCUCUCGCAACCAGGGCAAGCUCGAGAACGUCACUCUGCCUGCCAGUAGCGUCAUCGCUAGUGACAAGAAGAACAACACCGUCUUCUACGCCGGCUCCGAGGCUACCUUCUACAUCUCCACCGACGGCGCCGCGACUUUCACCAAGUCCCCUCUCGCCAACGUCACCGAGAUCCGCCAUAUCGCUGCUCACCCUACCCAGGCCGGUGAGAUCUGGGUCUCAACCGAUGCUGGUGUCUUCCACAGCACCAACUUCGGACAGACCUUCUCCCCUCUGUCUUCCAGCCCCUCCAACACUCAUGCUGUCUCCGUCGGCAAGGGUGAGGGCACUGGCUGGAACCUGUACGUCUUCGGCAACGGCUCCGAGGGCAAGAAGCUGUACAGCAGCGCCGAUGGCGGUGCUACCUGGGUCGACAUCCAGGGCUCCUACAGCUUCGGUGCUAUUGAUGGUGCUGCUCUUGUUGGUUCCGCCAACGAGGCCAACGUUGUGUAUGUUGGUACCAACGGCCGUGGUGUCAUGUACAGCUCGUGCCCUACCUCCAACUCUACCGCUGCUUCAGCGGCUUCCCCCGCCAGGAGACAACCCCGUAGCCGUCCUAUGAGGUUUGGAAGGGCCACCCAUAAGCACAUGCACUGA